AUGUUGCAUUCAUUACUCGACCUUUCAGACAGAGAUUGCAUCUAUUACCGACCUUCAGACAGACAUUGCAUUUUUACAUUCAUUACUCGACCUUCAUCAGACAGAGAAUGCAUUCAUUACUCGACCUUCCUCAGACAGAGGUUGCAUUCAUUACUCGACCUUCCUAAGACAGAGAAGGCAUUCAUUACUCGACCUUCCUCAGACAGAGAUUGCAUUCAUUACUCGACCUUCCUCAGACAGAGAUUGCAUUCAUUACUCGACAUUCUUCAGGCAGAGAUUGCAUUCAUUACUCGACCUUCAUCGACAGAGAUUGCAUUCAUUACUCGACCUUCCUCAGACAGAGAUUGCAUUCAUUACUCGACCUUCCUCAGACAGAGAUUGCAUUCAUUACUCGACCUUCUUCAGACAGAGAUUGCAUUCAUUACUCGACCUUCCUCAGACAGAGAUUGCAUUCAUUACUCGACCUUCCUCAGACAGAGAUUGCAUUCAUUACUCGACCUUCAUCAGACAGAGAUUGCAUUCAUUACUCGACCUUCCUCAGACAGAGAUUGCAUUCAUUACUCGACCUUCCUCAGAGAUUGCAUUCAUUAUUGCAUUCAUUACUCGACCUUCUUCAGACAGAGAUUGCAUUCAUUACUCGACCUUCAUUAUUCGACCUCGACCUUCCUCAGACAGAGAUUGCAUUUUUACCUUCAUCCUCGACCUUCUUCGACCUUCACAGAGAUUGCAUUCAUUACUCGACCUUCCUCAGACAGAGAUUGCAUUCAUUACUCGACCUUCCUCAGACAGAGAUUGCAUUCAUUACUCGACCUUCCUCAGACAGAGAUUGCAUUCAUUACUCGACCUUCCUCAGACAGAGAUUGCAUUCAUUACUCGACCUUCUUCAGACAGAGAUUGACAUUCAUUACUCGACCUUCAUCAGACAGAGAGAAUGACCUUCCCUCAGACAGAUGUUGCAUUCAUUACUCGACCUUCAUCAGACAGAGGUUGCAUUCAUUACUCGACCUUCCUCAGAGAGAUUGCAUUCAUUACUCGACCUUCAUCAGACAGAGAAUGCAUUCAUUACUCGACCUUCCUCAGACAGAGAGAUUGCAUUCUUUCCUCGACCUUCCUCAGACAGAGAAUGCAUUCAUUACUCGACCUUCUCAGACAGAGGUUACACCUUCUCAGACAGAGAAUGCAUUCAUUUCAUUCCUCAGACAGAGAUUGCAUUCAUUACUCGACCUUCCUCAGACAGAGGUUGCAUUCUUUACUCGACCUUCCUCUCGACAGAGAUUGCAUUCAUUACUCGACCGUCAUCAGACAGAGAUUGCAUUCAUUACUCGACCUACCUCAGACAGAUGUUGCAUUCAUUACUCAACCUUCAUCAGACGGAGAAUGCAUUCAUUACUCGACCUUCCUCAGACAGAGAUUGCAUUCAUUACUCGACCUUCCUCAGACAGAGAUUGCAUUCAUUACUCGACCUUCAUCAGACAGAGAUUGCAUUCAUUUCAGACAGAGAAUGCAUUCAUUACUCGACCUUCCUCAGGCAGAGAUUGCAUUCAUUACUCGACCUUCCUCAGACAGACAGAUUGCAUUCAUUACUCGACCUUCAUCAGACAGAGAAUGCAUUCAUUACUCGACCUUCCUCAGACUCAGACAGAGAUUGCAUUCAUUACUCGAACAUCUUCAGACAGAGAUUGCAUUCAUUACUCGACCUUCAUCAGACAGAGAAUGCAUUCAUUACUCGACCUUCCUCAGACAGAGGUUGCAUUUAUUACUCGACCUUCAUCAGACAGAGAAUGCAUUCAUUACUCGACCUUCCUCAGACAGAGAUUGCAUUCAUUACUCGACCUUCCUCAGACAGAGAUUGCAUUCAUUACUCGACCUUCCUCAGACAGAGGUUGCAUUCAUUACUCGACCUUCCUCAGACAGAGGUUGCAUUCAUUACUCGACCUUCAUCAGACAGAGAAUGCAUUCAUUACUCGACCUUCCUCAGACAGAGAGGUUGCAUUCAUUACUCGACCUUCCUCAGACAGAGAUUGCAUUCAUUACUCGACCUUCCUCAGACAGAUUGCAUUCAUUACUCGACCUUCUUCAGACAGAGAUUGCAUUCAUUACUCGACCUUCCUCAGACAGAGAAUUGCAUUCAUUACUCGACCUUCCUCAGACAGAGGUUGCAUUCAUUACUCGACCUUCCUCAGACAGAGAUUGCAUUCAUUACUCGACCUUCAUCAGACAGAGAUUUCAUUCUAUUUUCAUUACUCAGACAGACCUUUACUCGACCUUCCUCAGACACAGAGAUUGCAUUCAUUACUCGACCUUCCUCAGACAGAGAUUGCAUUCAUUACUCGACCUUCCUCAGACAGAGAUUGCAUUCAUUACUCGACCUUCAUCAGACAGAGAAUGCAUUCAUUACUCGACCUUCCUCAGACAGAAUUGCAUUCAUUACUCGACCUUCCUCAGACAGAGAUUGCAUUCAUUACUCGACCUUCCUCAGACAGAGAUUGCAUUCAUUACUCGACCUUCCUCAGACAGAGAUUGCAUUCAUUACUCGACCUUCUUCAGGCAGAGAUUGCAUUCAUUACUCGACCUUCAUCAGACAGGAGAAUGCAUUCAUUACUCGACCUUCAUCAGACAGAGGUUGCAUUCAUUACUCGACCUUCCUCAGACAGAGAUUGCAUUCAUUACUCGACCUUCAUCAGACAGAGAAUUGCAUUCAUUACUCGACCUUCCUCAGACAGAGAUUGCAUUCUUUUCCUCGACCUGCAUUCAUUCAGACAGAGAAUGCAUUCAUUACUCGACCUGACCUUCAACAGACAGAGAUUGCAUUCAUUCUCAGACAGCAGAGAUUGCAUUCAUUACUCGACCUUCAUCAGACAGAGAAUGCAUUCAUUACUCGACCUUCCUCAGACAGAGGUUGCAUUCUUUACUCGACCUUCCUCAGACAGAGAUUGCAUUCAUUACUCGACCGUCAUCAGACAGAGAUUGCAUUCAUUACUCGACCUUCCUCAGACAGAUGUUGCAUCAUUACUCGACCUUCCUCAGACCUUACUCGACCUUCAUCAGACAGACCUUCAUUCUCGAGACAGACAGAGAAUGCAUUCAUUACUCGACCUUCCUCAGACAGAGAUUGCAUUCAUUACUCGACCUUCCCUCAGACAGAGAUUGCAUUCAUUACUCGACCUUCAUCAGACAGAGAUUUCAUUCAUUACUCGACCUUCUUCAGGCAGAGAUUGCAUUCAUUACUCGACCUUCCUCAGACAGAGAUUGCAUUCAUUACUCGACCUUCAUCAGACAGAGAAUGCAUUCAUUAGUCGACCUUCCUCAGACAGAGAUUGCAUUCAUUACUCAGACGAACAUCUUCAGACAGAGAUUGCAUUCAUUACUCGACUUCAGACAGAGAUUGCAUCAGACAGAGAAAUGCAUUCAUUACUCGACCUUCCUCAGACAGAGGUUGCAUUCAUUACUCGACCUUCAUCAGACAGAGAAUGCAUUCAGACAGAGAUUACUCGACCUUCCUCAGACAGAGAUUGCAUUCAUUACUCGACCUUCCUCAGACAGAGAUUGCAUUCAUUACUCGACCUUCCUCAGACAGAGAGAUUGCAUUCAUUACUCGACCUUCCUCAGACAGAGGUUGCAUUCAUUUACCUUCUCGACCUUCCUCAGACAGAGAAGGCAUUCAUUACUCCUCAGACGAACUUCCUCAGACAGAGAUUGCAUUCAUUACUCGACCUUCUUCAGACAGAGAAUUGCAUUCAUUACUCGACCUUCCUCAGACAGAGAUUGCAUUCAUUACUCGACCUUCCUCAGACAGAGAUUGCAUUUCAUUACUCGACCUUCUUCAGGCAGAGAGAUUGCAUUCAUUUCGACCUUCCUCAGACCUUCAUCAGACAGAGAUUACAUUCAUUACUCGACCUUCCUCAGACGGAGAUUGCAUUCAUUACUCGACCUUCCUCAGACAGAGAUUGCAUUCAUUACUCGACCUUCCUCAGACAGAGAAGGCAUUCAUUACUCGACCUUCCUCGGACAGAGAUUGCAUUCAUUACUCGACCUUCCUCAGACAGAGAUUGCAUUCAUUACUCGACCUUCCUCAGACAGAGAUUGCAUUCAUUACUCGACCUUCUUCAGGCAGAGAUUGCAUUCAUUACUCGACCUUCAUCAGACAGAGAAUGCAUUCAUUACUCGACCUUCAUCAGACAGAGGUUGCAUUUAUUACUCGACCUUCCUCAGACAGAGAUUGCAUUCGACCUUCUCGACCUUCCUCAGACAGACAGAGGUUGCAUUCAUUACUCGACCUUCUCAGACAGAGGUUACAUUCAUUACUCGACCUUCAUCAGACAGAGAAUGCAUUCAUUACUCGACCUUCCUCAGACAGAGGUUGCAUUCAUUACUCGACCUUCCUCAGACAGGAUUGCAUUCAUUGCUCGACCUUCAUCAGACAGAGGUUGCAUUCAUUACUCGACCUUCCUCAGACAGAUGUUGCAUUCAUUUCGACCUUCAUCAGACAGAGAUUGCAUUCAUUUCGACCUUCCUCAGACAGAUGCAUUCAUUACUCGACCUUCCUCAGACAGAGAUUGCAUUCAUUACUCGACCUUCCUCAGACAGAGAUUGCAUUCAUUACUCGACCUUCCUCAGAGACCAUUCAUUUCGACCUUCCUCAGACAGAGAUUGCAUUCAUUACUCGACCUUCCUCAGACAGAGAUUGCAUUCAUUACUCGACCUUCCUCAGACAGAGAUUGCAUUCAUUCAUCAGACAGAAUUUACUCGACCCUCAGACAGAGAUUGACUCGACCUUCAUCAGACAGAGAAUGCAUUCAUUACUCGACCUUCUCAGACCAGAGGUUGCAUUCAUUACUCGACCUUCAUCAGACAGAGAAUGCAUUCAUUACUCGACCUUCCUCAGACAGAGAUUGCAUUCAUUACUCGACCUUCUUCAGACAGAGAUUUCAGGCAUUCAUUAUUCGACCUUCCUCAGACAGAGGUUGCAUUCAUUACUCGACCUUCCUCAGACAGAGAUUGCAUUCAUUACUCGACCUUUCAGACAUUAUUCAUUCGACCUUCAUCAGACAGAGCAUUCAUUUGCAUUCAUUAUUCAUUCUCGACCUACCUCAGACAGAGGUUGCAUUCAUUACUCAACCUUCAUCAGACGGAGAAUGCAUUCAUUACUCGACCCUUCCUCAGACAGAGAUUGCAUUCAUUACUCGACCUUCCUCAGACAGAGAUUGCAUUCAUUACUCGACCUUCAUCAGACAGAGAUUUCAUUCAUUACUCGACCUUCUUCAGGCAGAGAUUGCAUUCAUUACUCGACCUUCCUCAGACAGAGAUUGCAUUCAUUACUCGACCUUCAUCAGUCAGAGAAUGCAUUCAUUAGUCGACCUUCCUCAGACAGAGAUUGCAUUCAUUACUCGACCAUCUUCAGGCAGAGAUUGCAUUCAUUACUCGACCUUCUUCAGACAGAGAAUGCAUUCAUUACUCGACCUUCCUCAGACAGAGGUUGCAUUCAUUACUCGACCUUCAUCAGACAGAGAAUGCAUUCAUUACUCGACCUUCCUCAGACAGAGAUUGCAUUCAUUACUCGACCUUCCUCAGACAGAGGUUGCAUUCAUUACUCAACCUUCCUCAGACAGAGGUUACAUUCAUUACUCGACCUUCAUCAGACAGAGAAUGCAUCCAUUACUCGACCUUCCUCAGACAGAGUUUGCAUUCAUUACUCGACCUUCCUCAGACAGAGAAGGCAUUCAUUACUCAACCUUCCUCAGACAGAGAUUGCAUUCAUUACUCGAACUUCUUCAGGCAGAGAUUGCAUUCAUUACUCGACCUUCCUCAGACAGAGAUUGCAUUCAUUACUCGACCUUCCUCAGACAGAGAUUGCAUUCAUUACUCGAACUUCCUCAGAGAGAGAUUGCAUUCAUUACUCGACCUUCCUCAGACAGAGAUUGCAUUCAUUACUCGACUUUCUUCAGGCAGAGAUUGCAUUCAUUACUCGACCUUCAUCAGACAGAGAAUGCAUUCAUUACUCGACCUUCAUCAGACAGAGGUUGCAUUCAUUAUUCGACCUUCCUCAGACAGAGGUUGCAUUCAUUACUUGACCUUCCUCAGACAGAGAUUGCAUUCAUUACUCGACCUUCUUCAGGCAGAGAUUGCAUUCAUUACUCGACCUUCAUCAGACAGAGAAUGCAUUCAUUACUCGACCUUCAUCAGACAGAGGUUGCAUUCAUUACUCGACCUUCCUCAGACAGAGGUUGCAUUCAUUACUCGACCUUCCUCAGACAGAGAUUGCAUUCAUUACUCGACCUUCAUCAGACAGAGAAUGCAUUCAUUACUCGACCUUCCUCAGACAGAGAUUGCAUUCUUUACUCGACCUUCCUCAGACAGAGAAUGCAUUCAUUACUCGACCUUCUCAGACAGAGGUUACAUUCAUUACUUGACAUUCAUCAGAGAGAGAAUGCAUUCAUUACUCGACCUUCCUCAGACAGAGGUUACAUUCAUUACUCGACCUUCCUCAGACAGAGAUUGCAUUCAUUACUCGACCUUCAUCAGACAGAGGUUGCAUUCAUUACUCGACCUACCUCAGACAGAGGUUGCAUUCAUUACUCAACCUUCAUCAGACGGAGAAUGCAUUCAUUACUCGACCUUCCUCAGACAGAGAUUGCAUUCAUUACUCGACCUUCCUCAGACAGAGAUUGCAUUCAUUACUCGACCUUCAUCAGACAGAGAUUUCAUUCAUUACUCGACCUUCUUCAGGCAGAGAUUGCAUUCAUUACUCGACCUUCCUCAGACAGAGAUUGCAUUCAUUACUCGACCUUCAUCAGACAGAGAAUGCAUUCAUUAGUCGACCUUCCUCAGACAGAGAUUGCAUUCAUUACUCGACCAUCUUCAGGCAGAGAUUGCAUUCAUUACUCGACCUUCUUCAGACAGAGAAUGGAUUCAUUACUCGACCUUCCUCAGACAGACGUUGCAUUCAUUACUCGACCUUCAUCAGACAGAGAAUGCAUUCAUUACUCGACCUUCCUCAGACAGAGAUUGCAUUCAUUACUCGACCUACCUCAGACAGAGAUUGCAUUCAUUACUCGACCUUCAUCAGACAGAGGUUGCAUUCAUUACUCGACCUACCUCAGACAGAGGUUGCAUUCAUUACUCAACCUUCAUCAGACGGAGAAUGCAUUCAUUACUCGACCUUCCUCAGACAGAGAUUGCAUUCAUUACUCGACCUUCCUCAGACAGAGAUUGCAUUCAUUACUCGACCUUCAUCAGACAGGGAUUUCAUUCAUUACUCGACCUUCUUCAGGCAGAGAUCGCAUUCAUUACUCGACCUUCCUCAGACAGAGAUUGCAUUCAUUACUCGACCUUCAUCAGACAGAGAAUGCAUUCAUUAGUCGACCUUCCUCAGACAGAGAUUGCAUUCAUUACUCGAACAUCUUCAGGCAGAGAUUGCAUUCAUUACUCGACCUACAUCAGACAGAGAAUGCAUUCAUUACUCGACCUUCCUCAGACAGAGGGUGCAUUUAUUACUCGACCUUCAUCAGACAGAGAAUGCAUUCAUUACUCGACCUUCCUCAGACAGAGAUUGCAUUCAUUACUCGACCUUCCUCAGACAGAGGUUGCAUUCAUUACUCGACCUUCCUCAGAGAGAGGUUACAUUCAUUACUCGACCUUCAUCAGACAGAGAAUGCAUACAUUACUCGACCUUCCACAGACAGAGGUUGCAUUCAUUACUCGACCUUCCUCAGACAGAGAUUGCAUUCAUUACUCGACCUUCCUCAGACAGAGAUUGCAUUCAUUACUCGACCUUCUUCAGGCAGAGAUUGCAUUCAUUACUCGACCUUCCUCAGACAGAGAUUGCAUUCAUUACUCGACCUUCCUCAGACAGAGAUUGCAUUCAUUACUCGACCUUCUUCAGGCAGAGAUUGCAUUCAUUACUCGACCUUCAUCAGACAGAGAUUGCAUUCAUUACUCGACCUUCCUCAGAUAGAGAUUGCAUUCAUUACUCGACCUUCCUCAGACAGAGAUUGCAUUCAUUACUCGACCUUCAUCAGACAGAGAUUGCAUUUAAUACUCGACCUUCCUCAGACAGAGGUUGCAUUCAUUACUCGACCUUCCUCAGACAGAGACAGAGAAGGCAUUCAUUACUCGACCUUCCUCAGACAGAGAUUGCAUUCAUUACUCGACCUUCUUCAGGCAGAGAUUGCAUUCAUUACUCGACCUUCCUCAGACAGAGUUUGCAUUCAUUACUCGACCUUCAUCAGACAGAGAAUGCAUUCAUUAGUCGACCUUCCUCAGACAGAGAUUGCAUUCAUUACUCGACCAUCUUCAGGCAGAGAUUGCAUUCAUUAUUACUCGACCUUCAUCAGACAGAGAGAAUGCAUUCAUUACUCGACCUUCCUCAGACAGAGGUUGCAUUCAUUACUCGACCUUCAUCAGACAGAGAAUGCAUUCAUUACUCGACCUUCCUCAGACAGAGAUUGCAUUCAUUACUCGACCUUCCUCAGACAGAGGUUGCAUUCAUUACUCGACCUUCCUCAGACAGAGGUUACAUUCAUUACUCGACCUUCAUCAGACAGAGAAUGCAUUCAUUACUCGACCUUCCUCAGACAGAGGUUGCAUUCAUUACUCGACCUUCCUCAGACAGAGAAGGCAUUCAUUACUCGAACUUCCUCAGACAGAGAUUGCAUUCAUUACUCGACCUUCUUCAGGCAGAGAUUGCAUUCAUUACUCGACUUUCCUCAGACAGAGAAUGCAUUCAUUACUCGAACUUCUCAGACAGAGGUUACAUUCAUUACUCGACCUUCAUCAGAGAGAGAAUGCAUUCAUUACUCGACCUUCCUCAGACAGAGGUUACAUUCAUUACUCGACCUUCCUCAGACAGAGAUUGCAUUCAUUACUCGACCUUCAUCAGACAGAGGUUGCAUUCAUUACUCGACCUACCUCAGACAGAGGUUGCAUUCAUUACUCAACCUUCAUCAGACGGAGAAUGCAUUCAUUACUCGUCCUUCCUCAGACAGAGAUUGCAUUCAUUACUCGACCUUCAUCAGACAGAGAUUUCAUUCAUUACUCGACUUUCUUCAGGCAGAGAUUGCAUUCAUUACUCGACCUUCCUCAGACAGAGAUUGCAUUCAUUACUCGACCUUCAUCAGACAGAGAAUGCAUUCAUUAGUCGACCUUCCUCAGACAGAGAUUGCAUUCAUUACUCGACCAUCUUCAGGCAGAGAUUGCAUUCAUUACUCGACCUUCUUCAGACAGAGAAUGCAUUCAUUACUCGACCUUCCUCAGACAGAGGUUGCAUUCAUUACUCGACCUUCAUCAGACAGAGUUUGCAUUCAUUACUCGACCUUCCUCAGACAGAGAAGGCAUUCAUUACUCAACCUUCCUCAGACAGAGAUUGCAUUCAUUACUCGAACUUCUUCAGGCAGAGAUUGCAUUCAUUACUCGACCUUCCUCAGACAGAGAUUGCAUUCAUUACUCGACCUUCCUCAGACAGAGAUUGCAUUCAUUACUCGACCUUCAUCAGACAGAGAAUGCAUUCAUUACUCGACCCUCAUCAGACAGAGAUUGCAUUCAUUACUCGACCUUCCUCAGACAGAGAUUACAUUCAUUACUCGAACUUCCUCAGAGAGAGAUUGCAUUCAUUACUCGACCUUCCUCAGACAGAGAUUGCAUUCAUUACUCGACCUUCUUCAGGCAGAGAUUGCAUUCAUUACUCGACCUUCAUCAGACAGAGAAUGCAUUCAUUACUCGACCUUCAUCAGACAGAGGUUGCAUUCAUUACUCGACCUUCCUCAGACAGAGAUUGUAUUCAUUACUCGACCUUCAUCAGACAGAGAAUGCAUUCAUUACUCGACCUUCCUCAGACAGAGAUUGCAUUCUUUACUCGACCUUCCUCAGACAGAGAUUGCAUUUAAUACUCGACCUUCCUCAGACAGAGGUUGCAUUCAUUACUCGACAUUCCUCAGACAGAGAGGUUGCAUUCAUUACUCAACCUUCAUCAGAGGGAGAUUGCAUUCAUUACUCGACCUUCCUCAGACAGAGGUUGCAUUCAUUACUCGACCUUCCUCAGACAGAGGUUACAUUCAUUACUCGACCUUCAUGAGACAGAGAAUGCAUUCAUUACUCGACCUUCCUCAGACAGAGAUUGCAUUCAUUACUCGACCUUCCUCAGACAGAGAUUACAUUCAUUACUCGACCUUCAUCAGACAGACAAUGCAUUCAUUACUCGACCUUCCUCAGACAGAGUUUGCAUUCAUUACUCGACCUUCUUCAGGCAGAGAUUGCAUUCAUUACUCGACCUCCCUCAGACAGAGAUUGCAUUCAUUACUCGACCUUCUUCAGGCAGAGAUUGCAUUCAUUGCUCGACCUUCCUCAGACAGAGGUUGCAUUCAUUACUCGAUUGCCUCAGACAGAGAUUGCAUUCAUUACUCGACUUUCAUCAGACAGAGAAUGCAUUCAUUACUCGACCUUCCUCAGACAGAGAUUGCAUUCUUUACUCGACCUUCCUCGGACAGAGAAUGCAUUCAUUACUCGACCUUCCUCAGACAGAGGUUACAUUCAUUACUCGACCUUCAUCAGACAGAGAAUGCAUUCAUUACUCGACCUUCCUCAGACAGAGGUUGCAUUCAUUACUCGACCUUCCUCAGACAGAGAUUGCAUUCAUUACUCGCCCUUCAUCAGACAGAGGUUGCAUACAUUACUCGACCUUCAUCAGACAGAGAAUGCAUUCAUUACACGACCUUCAUCAGACAGAGAAUGCAUUCAUUACUUGACCUUCAUCAGACAGAGAUUACAGAGAAUGCAUUCAUUACUCGACCUUCCGCAGACAGAGAUUGCAUUCAUUACUCGACCUUCUUCAGACAGAGAUUGCAUUCAAUACUCGACCUUCAUCAGACAGAGAUUGCAUUCAUUACUCGACCUUCCUCAGACAGAGGUUGCAUUCAUUACUCGACCUUCCUCAGACAGAGAUUGCAUUCAUUACUCGACCUUCCUCAGACAGUGAUUGCAUUCAUUACUCGACCUUCAUCAGACAGAGGUUGCAUUCAUUACUCGACCUUCCUCAGACAGAGGUUGCAUUCAUUACUCAACCUUCAUCAGACGGAGAAUGCAUUCAUUACUCGACCUUCCUCUGACAGAGAUUGCAUUCAUUACUCGACCUUCCUCAGACAGAGAUUGCAUUCAUUACUCGACCUUCAUCAGACAGAGAUUGCAUUCAUUACUCGACCUUCUUCAGGCAGAGAUUGCAUUCAUUACUCGUACUUCCUCAGACAGAGAUUGCAUUCAUUAAUCGACCUUCAUCAGACAGAGAAUGCAUUCAUUAGUCGACCUUCCUCAGACAGAGAUUGCAUUCAUUACUCGACCAUCUUCCGGCAGAGAUUGCAUUCAUUACUCGACCUUCAUCAGACAGAGAAUGCAUUCAUUACUCGACCUUCCUCAGACAGAUGUUGCAUUCAUUACUCGACCUUCAUCAGACAGAGAAUGCAUUCAUUACUCGACCUUCCUCAGACAGAGAUUGCAUUCAUUACUCGACCUUCCUCAGACAGAGGUUGCAUUCAUUACUCGACCUUCCUCAGACAGAGUUUACAUUCAUUACUCGACCUUCCUCAGACAGAGGUUGCAUUCAUUACUCGACCUUCAUCUGACAGAGAAUGCAUUCAUUACUCGACCUUCCUCAGACAGAGAUUGCAUUCAUUACUCGACCUUCCUCAGACAGAGAGGUUGCAUUCAUUACUCGACCUUCCUCAGACAGAGAAUGCAUUCAUUACUCGACAUUCCUCAGACAGAGAUUGCAUUCAUUACUCGACUUUCUUCAGGCAGAGAUUGCAUUCAUUACUCGACCUUCCUCAGACAGAGAUUGCAUUCAUUAUUCGACCUUCCUCUGACAGAGAUUGCAUUCAUUACUCGACCUUCUUCAGGCAGAGAUUGCAUUCAUUACUCGACCUUCAUCAGACAGAGAUUGCAUUCAUUACUCGACCUUCCUCAGACAGAGAUUGCAUUCAUUACUCGACCUUCAUCAGACAGAGAAUGCAUUCAUUACUCGACCUUCCUCAGACAGAGAUUGCAUUCAUUACUCGACCUUCCUCAGACAGAGAUUGCAUACAUUACUCGACCUUCCUCAGACAGAGAUUGCAUUCAUUACUCGACCUUCCUCAGACAGAGAUUGCAUUCAUUACUCGACCUUCUUCAGGCAGAGAUUGCAUUCAUUACUCGACCUUCAUCAGAAAGAGAAUGCAUUCAUUACUCGACCUUCCUCAGACAGAGGUUGCAUUCAUUACUCGCCCUUCCUCAGACAGAGAUUGCAUUCAUUACUCGACCUUCAUCAGACAGAGUUUUCAUUCAUUACUCGACCUUCUUCAGGCAGAGAUUGCAUUCAUUACUCGACCUUCCUCAGACAGAGAUUGCAUUCAUUACUCGACCUUCAUCAGACAGAGAAUGCAUUCAUUAGUCGACCUUCCACAGACAGAGAUUGCAUUCAUUACUCGACCAUCUUCAGGCAGAGAUUGCAUUCAUUACUCGACCUUCAUCAGACAGAGCAGUAAUUCAUUACUCGACCUUCCUCAGACAGUGGUUGCAUUCAUUACUCGACCUUCAUCAGACAGAGAAUGCAUUCAUUACUCGACCUUCCUCAGACAGAGAUUGCAUUCAUUACUAGACCUUCCUCAGACAGAGAUUGCAUUCAUUACUCGUCCUUCAUCAGACAGAGAAUGCAUUCAUUACUCGACCUUCCGCAGACAGAGAUUGCAUUCAUUACUCGACCUUCUUCAGCCAGAGAUUGCAUUCAAUACUCGACCUUCAUCAGACAGAGAUUGCAUUCAUUACUCGACCUUCCUCAGACAGUGCUUGCAUACAUUACUCGACCUUCCUCAGACAGAGAUUGCAUUCAUUACUCGACCUUCCUCUGACAGAGAUUUCAUUCAUUACUCGACCUUCAUCAGACAGAGGUUGCAUUCAUUACUCGACCUUCCUCAGACAGAGGUUGCAUUCAUUACUCAACCUUCAUCAGACGGAGAAUGCAUUCAUUACUCGACCUUCCUCAGACAGAGAUUGCAUUCAUUACUAGACCUUCCUCCGACAGAGAUUGCAUUCAUUACUCGACCUUCAUCAGACAGAGAUUGCAUCAUUACUCGACCUUCUUCAGGCAGAGAUUGCAUUCAUUACUCGUCCUUCCUCAGACAGAGAUUGCAUUCAUUAAUCGACCUUCAUCAGACAGAGAAUGCAUUCAUUAGUCGACCUUCCUCAGACAGAGAUUGCAUUCAUUACUCGACCAUCUUCAGGCAGAGAUUGCAUUCAUUACUCGACCUUCAUCAGACAGAGAAUGCAUACAUUACUCGACCUUCCUCAGACAGAGUUUACAUUCAUUACUCGACCUUCCUCAGACAGAGGUUGCAUUCAUUACUCGACCUUCAUCAGACAGAAAAUGCAUUCAUUACUCGACCUUCCUCAGACAGAGAUUGCAUUCAUUACUCGACCUUCCUCAGACAGAGAUUGCAUUCAUUACUCGACCUUCCUCAGACAGAGACAGAGAAUGCAUUCAUUACUCGACCUUCCUCAGACAGAGAUUGCAUUCAUUGCUCGACUUUCUUCAGGCAGAGAUUGCAUUCAUUACUCGACCUUCCUCAGACAGAGAUUGCAUUCAUUACUCGACCUUCCUCAGACAGAGAUUGCAUUCAUUACUCGACCUUCUUCAGGCAGAGAUUGCAUUCAUUACUCGACCUUCAUCAGACAGAGAUUGCAUUCAUUACUCGACCUUCCUCAGACAGAGAUUGCAUUCAUUACUCGACCUUCAUCAGACAGAGAUUUCAUUCAUUACUCGACCUUCUUCAGGCAGAGAUUGCAUUCAUUACUCGACCUUCCUCAGACAGAGAUUCCAUACAUUACUCGACCUUCCUCAGACAGAGAUUGCAUUCAUUACUCGACCUUCCUCAGACAGAGUUUGCAUUCAUUACUCGACCUUCUUCAGGCAGAGAUUGCAUUCAUUACUCGACCUCCAUCAGAAAGAGAAUGCAUUCAUUACUCGACCUUCCUCAGACAGUGGUUGCAUUCAUUACUCGACCUUCCUCAGACAGAGAUUGCAUUCAUUACUCGACCUUCAUCAGACAGAGAUUUCAUUCAUUACUCGACCUUCUUCAGGCAGAGAUUGCAUUCAUUACUCGACCUUCCUCAGACAGAGAUUGCAUUCAUUACUCGACCUUCAUCAGACAGAGAAUGCAUUCAUUAGUCGACCUUCCUCAGACAGAGAUUGCAUUCAUUACUCGACCAUCUUCAGGCAGAGAUUGCAUUCAUUACUCGACCUUCAUCAGACAGAGAAUGCAUUCAUUACUCGACCUUCCUCAGACAGAGGUUGCAUUCAUUACUCGACCUUCAUCAGACAGAGAAUGCAUUCAUUACUCGACCCUCCUCAGACAGAGAUUGCAUUCAUUACUCGACCUUCCUCAGACAGAGGUUGCAUUCAUUCCUCGACCUUCCUCAGACAGAGGUUACAUUCAUUACUCGACCUUCAUCAGACAGAUAAUGCAUUCAUUACUCGACCUUCCUAAGACAGAGGUUGCAUUCAUUACUCGACCUUCCUCAGACAGAGAAUGCAUUCAUUACUCGACCUUCCUCAGACAGAGAUUGCAUUCAUUACUCGACUUUCUUCAGGCAGAGAUUGCAUUCAUUACUCGACCUUCCUCAGACAGAGAUUGCAUUCAUUACUCGACCUUCUUCAGACAGAGAUUGCAUUCAUUACUCGACCUUCCUCAGACAGAGAUUGCAUUCAUUCAUUCAGACAGAGGUUCGACUCGACCUUCCUCAGACAGAGAUUGCAUUCAUUACUCGACCUUCUUCAGACAGAGAUUGCAUUCAUUACUCGACCUUCCUCAGACAGAGAUUGCAUUCAUUACUCGACCUUCCUCAGACAGAGACACUGACCUUCAUCAGGGUUGCAUUCAUUACUCGACCUUCCUCAGACAGAGAUUGCAUUCAGACAGAGGGAUUGCAUUCAUUACUCGACCUUCCUCAGACAGAGAUUGCAUUCAUUACUCGACCUUCCUC